AUGCCUCUUCGGCAACAUGUGGUGAAUUUGUCGAAGCAGUACUUCAUGCUUGCUGUCUUUUUAACAAAGGCUAAAAUUUUAUUGUGUAAUGAUCAACUGGUGCUCAUCAUCUUUGAUGGGAUCAAAGAACAAAGCAGAAGGGAUGAUUUAGAAGCGUUAGGUCACAUGUUCAUGUAUUUCCUCCGUGGCAGUCUUCCUUGGCAGGGCCUUAAGGCAGACACAUUAAAAGAAAGAUAUCAGAAGAUUGGGGACACCAAGCGAGCAACACCAGUUGAAGUGUUAUGUGAAAACUUUCCAGAAGAAAUGGCUACAUACUUGCGUUACGUAAGAAGGCUGGACUUUUUUGAGAAACCAGACUAUGACUACCUAAGAAAGCUCUUCACAGACUUAUUCGAUAAGAAGGGUUACAUGUUCGAUUAUGAGUAUGACUGGAUUGGCAAACAGCUUCCCACUCCAGUUGGUUCAAUUCAUACAGAUAGUGCUCUGACUGGAAUGAAUAGAGAGAAUCAUCAGCACAGGGAUAGAACACAGCAAGCCAAAAAUCAGGGCAAUCCUUGCACUUGUAGAGAUUUUCCUAAUCGAUUCUUCAGCGAUGAGACGUUAUCACACAUUUCUAGAGCUGGUGGGACUUGA